AUGUCACUCCCCCAUCUCGCAUCCUGGAUCCCACCGCCUGACCGUCUGAGCAUCGUCCUUGCUCACUACCGAGAAUCCCACGGCCAAUGGAUCAACCUAACUGCAAGCACCUACCUUUACGCCAGAUACGACACGCCCCAAGCCAUUGAUACGAGCCAACAGUCCUCCUUCCGCACCUACGAGCUCCUCCCCAACAUUAUCCGUGAGGGCCAGACCUACUGCCACCACAUUCACGCACACUACGCCGACCUCCAACCAAUGAUGAUCUUCACCAAGCGGGUCCGUUCGACCUCAAUGCCCCGGAAAGGACAAUCACACAGGAGCUGGUCGAGCAGACACCCCCACCGCCAGAUCUAG